UCCUCUCCGACGGUGGAAAGGCGGGGAGGAGGACUGUCGCCCUUCGGUCCAGCCAGCCGACGGGGCGGCUACUGGCCUCCCCGGCCGGACCUCUCCCCAGCCGCCCGCCAUGGCAUCGGAGGGGCGGCGGGAGCCCGCGGCCGAGAGCAUCAAGUUGUCAGCAGAUGUCAAACCAUUUGUCCCCAAAUUUGCUGGGCUCAAUGUGGGAUGGUCAGAGUCUUCAGAAGCACGGGUUUUCCCCAGCUGUGCAGCCACCUCGUACUAUCCGUGUGUCCAAGAACUAGCAGUGCCUGAACAGAAACUCUAUACUGAUGAUAUGGCUUUUGGAGCUUCAGCUUUUCCAUCUCAAUAUUUCUCUGCUGAGAUCCCUCUUCAUCCAUAUGCCUACUCUCCCUACACCCUGCAGUCACCACAAAAUGUUUGCCCAGUGCCUGGCUCCCCAUAUGAUGACAACCAACCCAGUUGUUUUGGAGGUUUUCAAAGAGUGAAGCCACGAAGUGAGCACACGUGCCCUCUCCCACAAGACACAAAAGCUGUGUUUAAGAAGAAAACCUAUGAUGAACAAAAGUUUGACAGUAAGAAGACUGAUGGACCUGUAUCAUCUGAUUUAAAAUCAGUCAAAGGUUCACCUCGUGUGUCCAUUCAUGCUGAGAAUAGUUUGAAAUCAGAUGGUUAUUAUAAACGAACAGACAGGAAAUCCAGAAUCAUUGAAAAGAGUGGAUCUGCCUCCAAACCUGAGUUUGGAUUUACCAGGUUGGAUUUUCCUGAACUGCAGAGUCCAGAGAACAGUGAGAUACCAAAGAUACAAAAGCAGCCCAAGUGGGGGCCUUUACGCUCCACCUCUACUGACAUUUCUCUUCUCAGAGAAAUGGGGACACCCUCUGCAGGGUUAUCAGAGGGUGAAAUAGUGGUGAAAAAUAAUAAUCGGACUGAGUCUGUAACCGAUAAUGCUGUUACCAGUCCCUCUUCAUGUACAAGAGAAUUAUCUUGGACACCAAUGGGUUAUGUUGUUCGGCAGACAUUAUCUACAGAACUGUCACCUGCCCCUAAAAAUGUUACUUCCAUGAUAAACCUAAAGAUGGUUGCUUCACCAGCAGAUCCUAAAAAUGAUAGUAUGCCAUCUUCUGAAGUUUUAUCUUUGGAGCCUCCCUACAAAGAGAAACACGUUGUCCAUCUUACUGAAAAGUCCAAAGCAUCACAAGGUGGCAGUCCUGAGCAAAAUGAAGCCUCAAGAAAGAAUAAGAAAAAGAAAGAAAAAUCUAAAUCAAAAUAUGAAGUCCUGACAGUUCAAGAGCCACCAAGGAUUGAAGAUGCCGAGGAAUUUCCCAAUCUGGCAGUUGCAUCUGAAAGAAGAGACAGAGUAGAGUCACCGAAAUUUCAGUCUAAACAGCAGCCACAGAAUAAUUUUAAAAGUAGUAGAAAGAAAAGCCAGAUUCCAGUACAGUUGGAUUUGGGAGGAAUGCUAACCGCACUGGAAAAGAAGCAGCACUCCCCGAAUGCAAAGCAGUCCUCCAAACCAGUGGUGUUCUCAGUUGGGGCAGUGCCCGUCCUCUCCAAAGACUCCAUGUCAGGGAAGAAGGGCCACCGCCUUGCCCAGGUGAAGACCCCGCACAACCCGUUAGACUCCACCUCCCCCAUGACGAAGAAAGGAAAGCAGAGAGAGGUCCCCAAGGCCAAGAAGCCAACCCCGUUGAAGAAGAUUAUUUUGAAAGAACGGCAGGAGAGAAAGCAGCAGCGUCUCCAAGAAAAUGCUCUGAGCCCAGCUUUUCCCAGUGACGACGUGCAGGAUGUGCGAGAUGAAGAGAGCGGCGGUGACGACCAGCUCCUCAGGCCGCCUGACGUGUUAGGGGAAAUGAAAGAGUCUGUGUCCUGUGUUCCUGUGGCGGAGAGCAAGUCAGAGGAGCAGCCAGGAGCUGAGCCCCAGAAGGAGACAGAGGCCUGCCCCAAGAUCCACAGCCGACGGUUCCGGGACUACUGCAGCCAAAUGCUCAGUAAAGAAGUUGACGCCUGUGUUACGGACCUGCUGAAAGAGCUGGUGCGUUUCCAAGAUCGAAUGUACCAGAAAGAUCCAGUCAAGGCUAAGGCCAAACGCCGACUUGUGUUGGGGCUGAGGGAAGUCCUCAAACAUCUGAAGCUCAGAAAGUUGAAAUGCAUCAUCAUCUCUCCAAACUGUGAGAAGAUACAGUCGAAAGGUGGGCUAGACGACACCCUGCACACCAUCAUUGACUACGCCUGUGACCAGAACAUCCCCUUUGUGUUUGCUCUCAACCGCAAAGCUCUGGGGCGCAGCCUGAACAAGGCUGUUCCCGUCAGCGUGGUGGGCAUCUUCAGCUACGACGGGGCCCAGGACCAGUUCCACAAGAUGGUGGAGCUGACGAUGGCGGCCCGGCAGGCCUAUAGGACUAUGCUGGAGAAUGCACGCCAGGAGCCAUUGGGUGAGCUCGGGCCCUGCGCCCCCGCCAGCCCGCCCAGUCAGGGCCCCAGCUGCCCUGCGGAGGACAGGCCCCUGGCCCCCGCUGGAACAGAGGAGCCACGCUACAUUCAAGUCUGGAGAAACCAUGUGGAAGCGUACAGUCGGUGUGCCCUGGAGCUGGAGGAGUCGCUGGAGGCUUCAACCUCUCAGAUGAUGAACUUGAAUUUGUAACAAGAGUUCGUUCCUGUGUGUUUGUGUAUUUGAGGUGGGGGUGGGGGGUUGAAAGACUUUGGGGCCUUUUUCUUCUUCUGUUUUUCGUUGACUUACUUGUGUUGUGUAUGGCUGUUCAACUGGGGAGGUAACCAGCAGUGUUUGUAGCUGUCCAAAAGCUGCGAGUCCUGCAGAGGGGCACUCGGUAGGCUGGCGGAGACCCUCACAAAGCCUUGGGAUGCAGCCUCGGCUCUCUGAGCACGAUAUGAGUCUGGAAAAUGCUGGACAAGGUGGUACUCAGAGUACUCUGCUGCUGUGGACAGCUGAGCCAAGUUAGUUUGUGGAAAGCAGCGGUGGGCUGAGGCGAUGUGGCUCCGAAGGUGGGGUAGUUCCACCCCGUGUUCCCAGUCCCGGUGACCCGCACAGCCCUGCAGAAGCUGUGGGGGUGGGGUACGGGGAAUACUUUUCUCAGGAUAUGGCUUUUUAGCCAGAAGAUUUGGGGAUACUUGGAGGGUCUGCUAAAAUGAGCCUCAGAGGGAAAAUCAGUUCUCUAACCUGUGACCUUUUGACAUGAAUAUUCCUUUUAUUGUUUAUUUUUCAAAGAAACAAUUUUGAAGUUCCUAAAUCUCAGUUUUGAUAAUUUACAAAUAUUUUCUUUCUUUUGUAAAUGAACAUAUUGCGAAUGUGGUUUCUUAGAGGCCAGAAGGAUAGAAGUUUACUUUCAUAUUUUCCUGUAAGUAAGAGGGCUUAUUUAUUUUGAAUAAAGAGUGAUUAUUUAAUUUCA